AUGCCGUCAGACGCCCUCGCUCCCCCCCUGAAGCCCCCGUCUCCUCGGGUGAGCCCGCGUCUGCUUGGAAACCCCUACUACCGCCGCUCCUUGCGCCCUAUCCUCUUCAUCACCGUGUCCUGCUUUCUCGUCUACCUCUUCUAUAGCGAGGCCCAGUUCCCCCAGCGGACAAUACCCGGUGCAUCGGACAGCAUCUCCGAUCGCAUCGACUCGUUCUUCCGCGCCAGUCUCCUUCACAACAAUACCCUCUACCAGAAGGGCACGGAGGAUCGUGUCGCCAAAGAUUUCGACUAUGCCACCAACCCUUGUCGCGACUUCCCCAAUACCGACGGCAUUCUUCUCGUCUUGAAGACCGGCGCCACCGAGGUCUUCGACAAGCUGCCCACGCAACUCAUCACCAAUCUUCAGUGCCUCCCUGACUUCCUCGUCUUCUCCGACCGUGAACAGCAGCUGGGCCGUUGGCACAUCCACGACGCCCUCGAAGGCGUCUCCGACGCCGUGAAGGCCCACUUCACCGACUUCGACCUCUACCGCGCCCAAGCCGAGUGCCCCUUGGAUCAGAAGACCUGCCUCAAGACUUUCCAUGGUCAGGUUGGUCGUGCCGCCUGGGCCCUCGACAAGUACAAGUUCCUCCACAUCCUCCAGCGUACUUGGGAGAUGCGCCCUAACCAGUCCUGGUACCUCUUUGGCGAGGCCGACACUUACUUCGUCUGGCCCAACUUGGUCCAUUGGCUGCGCGACCGGCCCCCCGUCUCUGAUCCUCUCGUCGAGCCCGCCUACAUCGGCAGCGCCGCCAUGCUGGCCGGCAUCCCCUUCGCCCACGGCGGUAGUGGCUAUCUUCUCAGCGGUGCGCUCGUCCGCGAUCUCGUGGGCGCUGAUACCGAGUCAUCCAGGAACCUGCCUAACGUCUACGACAUCAAGGCCCGUGGCCACUGCUGCGGUGACCAGAUGCUCGCAAAGGCCAUCCUCGAACGCCUGCGAGUGAAGGUUCAGCACGUCCACCCCAUGUUCAAUGGAGAAAAGCCCGCCACCUUUCCCUAUGGUCAUACCCAUUGGUGCGACCCCGUCCUCUCCAUGCACCACAUGGAGCCGGAGGAUAUUAGUGCCCUUUGGCAGUAUGAACAGACGCGCCUAGAUAACAGCACCAUUCUCAUGAAGGACCUCUACUAUGCUUUCAUCGCCAACAAGAUGAUCAACUAUAGAGCCCACUGGGACAACCUCUCCGACGACGUUUGCUACAUUGAUCCCGACCCAGCCAUCUUCAACCACCUCGACGACAAGAUGAAACGCCGUCAGAAGAAGCGGUCGGACUUGAACCGUAUCGAGAAGGAAGCACAUAAAUCCGUCGCACAUUGUGCCAAAGUCUGCGAAUACGAAGGCUUGCCGGUCGAUCCUGUAGAAAACGAGGCCGAGAACCCAGAUAUAUGGACGCAACAGCAUGGACUCCAUGGCGACCAGGAUGCGAACUCAGCGCCCCGGAACAAUCCGACAGAGGGCGAGGCAGCGGGUGCCAGCGGAAGCCCGAGCUUGGUUAACAGCAAUGACCCUGGGGCACAGCAGAAAGGAACACUCGAGCCCAGAGACUCCAUCGAGCCACCGAGACCGCGGAUUCACCCUCUCGAUAGGAAAUGUUUCCAGUACCGAUACCACAAAGGCGUUUGUUGUACGAGCCGCAGCUUCAAGUUGGGAGUGCCCCGACGGGACGCCAAGGCACACUUGCCGGACAAGCUCGAGGACGUUUGGCAAAGUGGGUGGCAUCUCCAAGGAAUUAGCGACUGGAUUGCCGCGAAGGGAGAGUGUCGCGAGCCCAAAUGGAAGGUGCCCGACAAACUAUAA